CAUUAAAACCUCCUUUUCCCCUCAAACAAGAAGCCGUUUAUAUCAGUGUUUUUCUUUGUAUUCUUAGUUUUCUUGAUCUCUCAUGGAUGUUAAUACUACUACUACUAUACCAAGUGUUGACACAAAGAGCCAGUCAUACGCACAGCACCAAUUGCAUUCAGCAAAUCAUGAGCAUAGCCAUGCUCAUCUCCCCUCCAAAACCAUUCUCAUAGCCAUUGCAGCGGCCACCACAGUUACCGUACUUCUCACCAUUUUCUUUGUCCUAUUCUUGCUCCGUCGACAAAAGUCUUCCAACAAGAGUGGAGCCUGCAAGGAUAAGAAUCCAAGAGGGCUUCAUGACACAAGCAGCAGACUCAUUGCUUCAACAAAGUUGAGCAUUAGUUCUAGUCCAGAUGUGAAGGGAGGGUGUCUUCAAGGAGGAAACCUUAGUAGGUCACCAGCAGCACCUAAAUUCAAAGGAGUACAAGUUUUCACAUACAAGGAGAUAGAAGUGGCCACAAAUGGAUUCAGUGAAGCAAAUGUCAUUGGUAAUGGAGGGUUUGGUUUGAUGUACAGAGGAGUCCUAAGUGAUGGUACUUUGGCAGCAAUCAAGUUGCUACGCAGAGAAGGUAAGCAAGGGGAGCGUGCCUUCAGAGUAGAGGUCGAUCUCCUAAGUCGUUUGCACUCUCCAUACUUGGUGGAGUUACUUGGUUAUUGUGCAGACCAAAACCAUAGGCUACUCAUAUUUGAGUACCUACCCCAUGGCACACUCCAUCAACAUCUACACUCCCCUAAGAACCAAUCUCAGUCGUUGGAUUGGUGGGCCAGGAUGAGGAUAGCCCUUGAUUGUGCAAGGGCCCUGGAGUUCAUGCAUGAGCACCAUGCAGUCUCACCAGUGAUCCACAGAGACUUCAAGAGUAGCAAUGUGUUAUUAGAUCAAAAUUUCCGUGCUAAAGUGUCAGAUUUUGGGUUGGCAAAGAUGGGAUCAGAGAAGAUGAACGGUCAAGUUUCCACCCGUGUGUUGGGGACCACUGGAUAUCUGGCCCCAGAGUAUGCCUCCACGGGAAAGCUUACCACAAAAUCGGAUGUUUACAGCUAUGGUGUGGUUCUUCUUGAAUUGCUUACAGGGCGUGUACCAGUUGAUAUUAAGCGGGCCCCGGGAGAACAUGUCCUUGUCUCCUGGGCUCUUCCAAGAUUAACAAACAGAGAAAAAGUGGUGGAAAUGGUUGACCCGGAUCUAAGGGGGCAAUACUCAAAGAAGGAUUUAAUUCAGAUAGCCGCCAUUGCAGCAAUGUGCAUACAGCCAGAAGCAGAUUAUAGGCCACUCAUGACGGAUGUUGUACAAUCACUGAUACCACUUGCUAGGAACCCGGCUUCUCUUGGUUCAUCAAGUUCUUUAAGGUUUCAGAAACAAACACCAAGCCCAAGUCCAAGUCACUAAGUUGCAUUGUGGUUGUCUUUAUUGAACUGAGAAAGUGCUUGGACAGACAUAAGGGCCACGAAAACUCGAAUAUAUUACUCAGUGGGGUAUCAUCAAAUCAUUGAACUACGGAAUUCUUGUCACCCUUACUUUACUGCCUUCAAUGUAGAAAAGAUGAGGGGGAAAAUAAUCCAAAGCAGAAAGACGAUUCACAUCUUCCAGGCCAAUAAGGACAAACUUAUUUGCAUUUAGCCAUUGAUGCAAUUAGUUCUGGAUAUGAACAGAACAUUUCUUGUGUAAUAUGAUAAAAUUUAAAAGGCUCACUUCAUGCA